ACAAUAGACAUUAUCGAAAAAUCAUAUCUGUUAAGUGACCCACGUAAAGGAGAAUAAAAAAGCAGACACGCCGUCUGUGGGAAUCGAACCCACGACCACGUGGUUAAAAGCCACGCGCUCUACCGGCUGAGCUAAGACGGCUAUAUGCUUUGCAUAUUGGAAGAGUUUUAUUUAAUAUUUAAACACACUGCAGGCUGCAGCGACCUCUUAGCAAAAGUGACUUUGUCUGGAAAACUAUCUUUUUCUGCUCGAGCUGCUCUUCUAUGUUGGGCAGUUUAACGGACUGAAGUAGAGGACCGGAGAAGCUGCCUACUCGCGGAGUAAGGUAGGCCAGUAGGGAGGAAGUGAAAAUGGAGAGCAGCGAAGAAGAAGAUGAUUUUCCUUCCAUAGAAACCAUCACUCCUCAGUCCAAGAUCGACUCCCUCUAUCAAUCCCGCACUGAAAAGGGUAUCCGAAAGCUUUGUUGCGAGCUCUUGGAUUUGAAGGAUGCAGUUGAAAAUCUGUGUGGCAAUAUGCAAACAAAGUACUUGGCUUUCUUGAGAAUGUCAGACGAAGUAGUGGAGAUGGAGCAUGAAUUGGUUGAACUGCGUAAGCAUAUUUCUGGCCAGGGGAUUCUUGUGCAAGAUUUGAUGACAGGUGUUUGCCGCGAAAUAGAAGACUGGAAUGUUAUUGACGGCAACAAUGCCGACUCUCAGCAAGAUGACGAACUUGAAGACAUGUUACGGACUGAAGCAGACAAUCCUCAGACGCUUUUCCUGGAGAAUGUUGAUAUUCUUUUGGCUGAACAUAAGGUGGAAGAAGCAUUGGAGGCUUUAAUGGGCGAGGAGAAAAGUUCUCUAGAACUGAAGGGCUUGACAGAUACUUCGCCAACUGAAGAAUCAACUUACAAAUCGGCAUUUCUGAAGAGGAAGUCAACUCUUGUGGAACAGCUAACUGAGAUUGUUCAACAUCCAUCUGCUAGCACUGUGGAAAUGAAGAAAGCGUUAGCUGCUUUAAUCAAACUUGGGAAAGGUCCUUUCGCUCAUCAAAUCCUUCUUGAACUAUAUCGAUCACGCCUCCACAAGAACAUUGAGGUGUUCUUACCUUCAUGCUCAGUGUGCCCCAAGACCUUCCCCGGGACACUUUGUAAACUUGUUUUCUCUUCUAUCUCAACGGCUACAAAAGAAUCUAUCCUCAUAUUUGGUGAUGAUCCUUUAUAUACUAACAGAGUUGUACAAUGGGCUGAGUGGGAAAUUGAAUCGUUUGUGCGGCUGGUGAAGGAUAAUGCACCUUCCCCAGAGACAAUUUUAGCUUUAGGUGCUGCUAGUAACUAUAUUCAGGCUAGUCUUGCAUUUUGUUCAAUGUUGGAGCCACAGGGUCUUAAACUAUCAAAGCUUCUUCUAGUUCUAUUGCGUCCAUACAUUGAAGAAGUCUUAGAGUUGAACUUUAGACGUGCAAGAAGGCUAAUUCUUGAUGUGACAGAACCUGAUGAGAGCUCUGAACUAUCGCCUCACCUUGUGUCACCAUUAUCAGCUUUUGUAGCAUCCUCAGAUAUUGUGCUUGUUGACAGUGGAAUAAGAUUUAUGGACAUAAUUGAGGACAUACUUGUUCAGUUGACUCCUCCGGUUGUCAUGCAUUUUGGAGGAAGUGUGUUAAUGAGAAUAUCACAGCUAUUUGGCAAAUACAUGGAUGUGCUCAUUAAAUCUCUGCCAGGACCCUCCGAUGAUGACAAUCUUACAGAACUGAAGGAAGUCAUACAAUUCAGAGCAGAGACAGAUGCAGAACAACUUGCAUUGUUGGGAAUGGCAUUCACUAUUCUUGAUGAGCUGUUACCUCAUUCUGUGAAAACUGUGUGGAGUCUGAAUAAAGAAGGGAAGGAAUCUAAAGAUGGCAAUGCUGCUGGACCUUCUGCUUCUGCCAUUACCGGGGAGUUAAAGGACUGGAAGCGACAACUGCAGCACUCAUUUGACAAGCUUAAGGAUCAUUUCUGUCGCCAGUAUGUUCUGAGUUUUAUCUAUUCAAGAGAAGGGAAGACACGACUUAAUGCACAAAUCUACCUCGAUGGCGACAGAGAUGAUUUAAUUUGGAGCUCGGAUCCUCUGCCUUCAUUGCCAUUUCAGGCACUGUUUGCAAAGCUGCAGCAGUUUGCAACUGUGGCAGGAGAUGUAUUACUUGGGAAAGAGAAAAUACAGAAACUCUUGCUUGCUCGGCUCACUGAAACAGUAGUAAUGUGGCUUUCUGAUGAACAGGAAUUUUGGGGUACAUUCGAAGAUGUCGCUGUUCCAAUCAAAGCAUUAGGGUUGCAGCAGCUACUUCUUGAUAUGCAUUUCACAGUGGAACUUGCACGCUUCGCUGGUUACCCAUCUAGGCAAGUGCACCAAAUCGCCUCAGCCAUAAUUGCUCGAGCAAUCAGGACCUUCUCAGCUAGAGGAAUCGACCCACAAAGUGCCCUGCCAGAGGAUGAAUGGUUUGUUGAGACUGCAAAGUCGGCCAUCAACAAGCUCCUCGCUGGGUCGGAGUCUGAGGUUGACGAGGAUGAUGAUGAUGGACACAUCAUUUCUCACGGGGAUAGCAUCUCAGACUCUGAGGAUACUGCUUCUUCCCUUUCAUCCGUAGAAUCCACAGAAUCAUUUGUAUCGGCAAGUAUGGGUGAAACUGAGAGUGCUGGGGAUCUGACUGAUCCUGAAGCUUGAAGAUAUAUCAAUGCAGCCAAGGUUUGCUUUGUUUUGUGCCUCCCCGUGCAACUUGAGUUCUGAAAUGUGACAUGUUCAUAUGGCAGCUUCUGUUGUUAUUGUUAAUCAGUGUACCAAUUUCCUUGUAUGGAGAGUAGAAUAGUACUUUUGACAAUAAUUGAUAGUGUAUACUUGUGAUUAGAAUUAUCAUUGCUAAGUGCUAACUAUGGAUAAUUUCGCCUAGAUGACAUUUCGGCCAAUUAAAAGGUUACUAACCAU